AUGUGGUCCUUACCCUUUCCCAUACCUGUACCUAUUCCACUCCCAAUUCCUACUCCUGUCUUUAUUCCUACUACGAGAAAUUCGGCUAAGGGUAUAAUGAAGGAGAUCAAUAAAAUUCAAGAUAAAAUGCCAACGGAUCCCUUCGAAGCCGAGUUAUUGAUGAUGGCAGAAAUGGUAGCUGGUGAUAAGAAAAAAGAUCAGAGUGAUUCUGAUACAGAAGAUGAGAAUGAAGAAAGCUUUAGUCCAGUCGGUGGGAUGGAUGGAAACAACGCGUUUGGUGAAGACAUGCUUCAGAUGGCGCUUAAAAUGGCUACGGAGUAUGAAGACCAGCCUGUCGAUCUUGAGUCGGCUAUGACGGCCAACACUAUUACGCCGAGUUCACAUCCCGGUAUGCCAGGUCUGGAGGGCGAGGGCAUGCACGCGCAGCAGCUGAUAGCGCUGGAGCAGCAGCGCGCGGUGGCGGCGCUGCGCGCGGCGGCGCCCCGUAAGCGCACGGGCGCGGGCGCGCCAGACGCAGCCGCAGCUGCAGGCGCGGGCGCGCGCGCCACGCGCUCAAAGCGGCGACGUGCCGAGCCCGCGCCGCCGCCGCCCGAGCCGCCGCGCGAGCCGCAAGAGAAACCCGACGCCAAUAUGUGCCUCAAGUACACUUUCGGCGUAAACGCGUGGAAGCAGUGGGUGAUGACGAAGAACGCGGAGAUCGAGAAAAGCUCAGUGCGACGCAAGCCAUUCAAGUCAGAGAUCCUGCAACUGACGGCCGACGAACUCAAUUACUCACUUUGUCUCUUUGUAAAGGAAGUGCGCAAGCCCAACGGAAGCGAAUACGCACCAGAUACCAUUUAUUAUUUGGUUUUAGGAAUUCAACAAUAUCUAUUUGAAAAUGGAAGGAUAGACAACAUAUUCACAGAUCCUUACUACGAGAAAUUUACGGAUUGCUUAGACGAAGUUGCAAGGAAAUUUUCAGUUUUAUAUAAUGAUUCUCAGUACAUAGUGACGAGGGUAGAAGAGGAACAUUUGUGGGAGAGUAAGCAGUUAGGCGCACAUUCUCCGCACGUUCUUUUAUCUACGCUUAUGUUUUUUAAUACAAAACACUUUAAUUUAGUGACCGUAGAUGAACACAUGCAAUUGUCUUUCUCACACAUAAUGAAGCAUUGGAAACGAAAUCCAAAUCAGCCAGGACAAGCUAAGAUUCCCGGCUCGAGAAAUGUGCUUUUGCGCUUCUAUCCGCCACAGUCCGCACUCGAAGCAAAUUCACGAAAGAAAAAGGUAUAUGAACAGCAGGAAAAUGAAGAAAACCCUCUACGGUGCCCAGUGAAAUUAUACGAAUUUUAUAUCUCAAAGUGUCCUGAGUCCGUGCCCGCUCAGCCGCGCUGCACUGGCGAAAAUGUUGCACCGCGUCAAGAUGGUGAAGGAGAUAAACAUCGCAUUGCUAACGAGCUAAGAUUUCACAACACAGUCACGUGCUGA